AGAGGAGGGGGAGGAGGAGGGGGAGGAGGAGGGGGAGGAGGAGGAGGGGGAGGAGGGGGAGGAGGAGGAGGGGGAGGAGGAGGGGGAGGGGUGGAGGGGGGGAGUGGGGGAGGAGGAGAAGGAGGAGGGGGAGGGGGAGGAGGAGGGGGAGAAGGAGGGGGUGAGGGAGGUGGAGGAGGGGGAGGGGUAGGAGGAGGGGGAGAAGAAGGAGGGGGUGAGGGAGGAGGUGGAGGAGGAGGGGGAGGAAGAGGGGGUGGAGGGGGAGAAGAAGGAGGAGGGGGAGAAGGAAGAGGGAGAGGCGGAGGAGGAGGAGGGGGAGAAGAAGGAGGAGGGGGAGGAGGAGGAGGGGGUGAGGGAGGAGGAGGAGGGGGUGAGGGAGGAGGAGGAGGGGGAGGAGGGGGGGGAGGAGGAGGAGGGGGAGAAGGAGGAGGGGGAGGAGGAGGAGGGGGAGGAGGAGGGGGAGGAGGAGGAGGGGGAGGAGGAGGAGGGGGGAGGAGGGUGGGAGGAAGGGGGAGGAGGGUGGGAGGAGGGGGAGGAGGGGGAGGAGGAGGAGGAGGGGGUGGGGGAGGAGGAGGGGUUGGGGGAGGAGGGAGGGGAGGGGAAGGAGGGGGAAGAGGGGGAGGAGGGGGAGGAAGAGGAGGGGGAGGAGGGGGAGGAAGAGGAGGGGGAGGAGGAGGGGAGCAGGACACCAGCCUAGACCCUGUGUGGACGACCCACACUGCUGGAUGCAUGCUCCGGGCUAGGCUGGGCCGCUGUGUACCCGCAUGCUGCAGGCCUGUCACCACGACCAGCCUCUAUUGCCAGACCGAGCACACUCGGAGGGAGGCCUGCAGCCACAGGACAGCAUGCCAACAAGCAGGGGACCCGCAGCUGCUUCUGGGGCCAAAUCGGGCCCCUCCAGUUAGGUACUUGCACGCCUCUGCCGUCAGUGUACCUGUAGGCGGCCCUGUCCCUUGCCACCUGCCCUGGAACGCUUCACCUACAGCCAAGGAUGUGCACACCGCCAACUCUGGCUACUACCACUGCUUGUCCCGGUCCCUAGCUACUGGGCCUGGAAGGAUGGCUGAAGACCCCAGCAGCUCUUGUAACCUUUGUGUAUCCCCUGCAGGGCCUGCCAAGGACCAUGCAGUUGUCAGUGGCCUGAGUGGACGAGCCACCAGAUUUUCCCCAGAGCUGGUGCUGCCACAUGCCCUUGCACUUGGUGCCUUCUACCACCAGACCCAGGGUCACAGCACGCUUCAGCACGCCCCCAGCUGA